UUUCUUCUAUUUGUAAAAACCCAAACACAAAAAAUCUUGAUUACCAAAAUAUUAUUUGAUCCAUAUAAUUACAUAUUCGAUGACAAAAUCCAUUAGUAUUUUGCAAAGCUGUACAGGUAUCAACAAUGCCUACAAGUCCCAUUAUAGCUCUAAUAGUAGUUUUAGAUUCAAAGAUUUUAAUCUCAAAUGCUUUGGAAGCCAACAACAUAGCUUGUCACUUUUCAACUCCACAAAUGGACGUCUAAAUGGUGAUAUUAUUAAGAGGAAGUUUGUGGUAUGUUGCAACGGUUCCUUGCCUACUCCACCCUCUUCAAAUCCACUUAAUGGCUGGGUUGUAGGAAUCCUACUAUCAAUAGUCUUACCAUUAUUUCGCUUCAAAUGGGGUUCAUUAUUGCAAAUCAAAAAUAAGGUGGAAGAUGUAAUAGAAACAGUAGAAGAAGUGGUAGAUGGGGUGGAGAUGAUGGCUGAGAAAAUAGAUGAAGUAGCUGAAAAUAUUGUGAGUGUUUUACCAGAUAGUCAACUCAAAAAUGUUAUUAAAGCUGUUGAAGAGUUCUCUGAAGAUACAGCUGAGGCUGCUCAUGCUGCUGGAGAUUUCAUUGAUCAGAUCCAAGGGGAGGACGUAGAGUUGGUUGAAGAAGUUGAUGUGCCAAAAGAACAACUCAAAGAUCUCUCAGAAAAAACAGCCAAGGUUGCUAAUGCAGCUGAAGAUUUGAAAGAUAAGGUACAAGAGGUGGGGCUUAAAGCGGAAGAGAUCUCAGAGAAGAAGGUGGUUGAAUCCGUUAAAGAGGAGAACAAUAAAAGUUUAUAACACCUUGUAUUAAAAUAUAGGUCACUCUAUAUAGGUUCACAACACUUUUACUCAUUUGAUUUUUAAUAAAACUAGUAAUUUUAAUUCUAGUAA